AACCCCUCCUUAUAUAGUAGACAGGCGGCCGGAAAAUUGGUGAAUUUAUGUUGUAUUUUAGUCACUUUGUUGCCGAAUUCGCCAAUUUUACGGCUCAAAUAUGUCUCAGAAACAGAAGACGCGGUCUAUGAGCACAUCAGGAGAGUCCCUGUAUAGGACAUUAGAGAUACAAAAAGGUGCUAGUCCUGAUGAAGUCAAAAGAGCAUAUAGGAAGCUUGCAUUGAAAUGGCAUCCAGAUAAAAAUAUAGACAAUCCUGAUGCUACAGAAAAGUUUAAGGAAAUCAACCAUGCUAACACAGUUUUAAGCGACGACACAAAACGAGAGAUUUAUGAUGAAUAUGGUUCGAUGGGAUUAUAUGUAGCUGAACAGAUUGGGGAAGAAAAUGUCAAAGCUUACUUUAUGGUUCAUAGUCCUAUAUUUAAGUGCUUGUUCAUCACAUGUGGCAUAUUGACGUGCUGUUAUUUCUGCUGUUGCUGCUUCUGUUGCUGCUGUUUCUGCUGUGGUAAAAUGAAAGCUUAUGACCCAGAAGAGGAAGAUGUGACGCUAAAACCAGAAGAUUUAGAAGACACCUCACCAUCAUCUGAGCAAGCAGAUUCACCAAUCACUAGCCAACCAACAGCCUUGGCUAUGCCCCCACCUCCCACAGCCACAGAGGGCGCAACAGAGACAACAGGUUUGAAUACAGGAGAUGCACCCAAAUUAUAUACAGAGGAUCAGUAACAUGUUUUGAGGAUUAAUUAGAAUUUUUUUCAGUUAUAUUUUCACUGUACAUUUGUAUUUUAUCAAAGCCUGAAAAGAUGAACUUUCAGUGUUACUAAUGUAGUUGUCUUGGCAACAUAUGCAUAUUAUAGCUGGUAAUUCAUCUGUGAGGAGGGCCUCAUGGGAAAUGAAGUGAAGUUUGUGUACAGGAGUCAGUACAUGAAGUCAUGUUUGUUCUGAAUUCCCAAAUUCCUAUUUCAUCAUACUUACCUUACACCCAUAGAUAGUAAGAUAUUGAUUGGAACACUUGGGUUUAGUUUUGGGUUUGAUUUGGAAAUAAUUUGAUUUUGCUCUCAGUUUGGGAUUAAAACAACUAUAUUUUAAUAUAUAUGAUAUACCACCUUCAUGAACACUGAAGGUCAAACAUCCUGGUACUUUUGAGUUUAUUUUAUUGAUAUUUCGGCACAAUUUCACUGACUUGACUAUUUGUUUCAACUGCUUGGGUAAUAUGUUUCUGUUAGGAACAAAAAGACACUUUAAAAUGGCUCAAUUGUUUGAGAUGCGGUCAUACCAACAAAAGUCUGAGAUCGCUGGUCAGCUGGUGUGCUGAUGGCCUGUGCAUGAAUGACAAAAGCAAAAAAACUUGGGAGUCUCUCUUUUGCAUUAAAACCCCCCAAUGGGACCUGAGUUCUAGACAUAGUUUACAACCAGACUAUAUUUUUUUUAGAUUUCAAGUGAAAGUAAGCUUGUUACCCAAUUACAAGAGUACUCAGUGUUAGGAACCCGUUUUACUAGUUUUUAGUUAUUACAAAUAUUAUUUGAUUAGAUUCAAACCUUUAGCUUUUCCAUUCAGAGAAGUCAGCUGGGUUGAAACAAGGAUCAGAAAACAGUGGUAAACGUCUUUCCUAACUUCUAUUAAUAGUUGUGCUGUGAUGUAAGGUUGUGCCCCUCUUCAUACUGGGGAUUUAGGAUUGACAAACUUGUUGAUUCAGAGCUCCAGACAAAUUACCAGCCUCCUGCUUUUGUAGUCUGACCAAGAGUUUCAAUGAAUACCUUAAUAUCAAUUGGCUGUAAGGUAAGUAUGGCUUAAAGUUACUGUAGUAAUGUUAACAAAUUCACCUAGGUGAUAAUUUGACAUUUUACUUAGUAAAGCCAUACUUACCUUACCUUGUGUGCCUCCCAUCACUUCAUCUUCCACUAUGGAAAAUUUAGCACUAAUCUUGAGGUGCUUAGUCAGGCCCAUUAUGGAGCACAAUGUUUGCAUGUUUCUGAAUUCUGAACCUUACUAUCAACUGGGUGUAAAGUGUGUAUGGCUUCAGUGUGUAAAUUUAUCACCGAGUGAAAUUUGUUAAGUUCAUUUUGUUUAAUUUUGCAUGUGAAUCAUGUUAGGAGAUUGUAACAAGCUUUCAAUCCACAUAGUAUCAUUGUUACAGAUAUUCCUUUCUUUCUCAUAAGCAGACUAAGCUAAGUUUCUUUCCUGAACUCCAUUAUUCUUUGUAAACGUCUCCCCUACAUUUUACAGGUAACUAAUGGCAGCUCCUCUUCACUGUCUACCCAACCCAACCACCUUUACAGGCUUAUCAAUUUAGACUUUGCUCCACCGAUGCUUAUUUAGACGUUUUCAGCUCAACCAGCUCGAACUGUUGCAGAUGUCACCUGACAUCAUCAAGAAUUUAAAAGUAGUGAGCAGACAUUCAAGAUAACUCGUAUGUUUGGUUUUUUCAUCGUUAAUCUGAAGAAUGUUGAAAUCUUUGGAAUGUCACGAAUAAGUCGAUUUAGUCAAAUUUAAAGCUCAGUGAUGGCUAUUUGACUUUUAAAUAAAUACUUGAUGACAAGAAAUAUAGCAUAGACAUUUUGGAAGGAAACGCUGCAAUCUAGGAUGAAUUCAUUAUUUCUAAUACAUAAGUUGUUGCCUUAAUGACAAGUGUACAAUCUGUUUACACUUGUGUGUAUUUUUUAAAAAUCUUUGUAUUUUUCAUUUUUUUUUGUGAGUUGAAAUUUAGGGGUAGCUGAGAGUAAUGUGGCACAAAGCCAUGCCAGUUUUUCUUCUCUUCAAAAUACUAAAUGUUUCAGUUUAGAAUAUUGUGGAAAACUGAAAUACACAUGGUGCCCUGUAAAACCCUCUUAUCUGCUUUCUUUAUAGAUGCUUUUGUGUCUCAUGCAUGUUUUAUUCGAUCCAGUCUAAUUAUACUAUGCAGUUGUUGUGUGUUUGAAUCUUAGAUGUGUGUGUAAGCAGUAAAAUUUUUCACAAAUAAUGUUCAUUUCUUAUCACUGCUGAUAUCCAACCAUUUGUGUGAAGACAGCAAAAUCACUAAUUAUGUUUAAUAAUUAAUCCUGUAUGCGAGACAUAAAGAAUACUACAGUGCUAGUUGUCCCAAUUCUUCCAGUCAUUGUGCCUUCACAGUGUGUACAUGACAACAGCUCACCAAGUAAAUUCUGUAUUACAAACUGCUGCUUUAUUUGAAUGGUUCAAUUGUACAAAAGGGAUGCGACUUCUAUUAGAGAUAUGAUGAAUUUUUGGUUCUCAUUUAUUCAAAUAAUACAGAUUUUACAUUGUCUAAUGUUACACAACCAAUCUGAGGCUGAGAAUUGUUUAGGAAUUAGACAAUAUAUUUCACAUAAUACAAAUAUCAUCAAUUUUGUAUUGAACUGUGAGCUUCUACCUCUGCCACGUUACAUUUUUCCCUGCCUUUGUUUUGGUUUCUCUGUAUAACUUGUUGUAUUAACAACUGAUGCACUUUGCUGUGUCGGCAAGUUAUGUGUCUGUGGAUGUCCUCACAUGUCACUGUACUGCUGUGCUAUACAAUUUGCAUAUAUUCAAGUGCAAACCUGCAAUCAUGUGUUUCUUGUCUGUCUAUAUAUUUAAAUGAAUUGGGCUUGAUAUAAAAAAUAUGGUAUCCAAUUUAAACUGAAAUAUUGAUGAUUGUUUUUUGCAGGAAUUCAUUUUUUUAAUUUUAUGUAAAUAUUGGGAUUUGGUAACCUGUUUCCUUGGCGUCUACCAAGCUACCCUGCCUGUUUCAGAGUGAUUAAUACUGGUCUCUUGAUUUAAACAAAAAUGGAGUUUAAAAACAUAAAUAUCUAAUAAGGUUUUAAUGUUUUCCAUAAUUCUCUUUACAUGCAUUGAGAACACCCUCAAUUGAAGAUCAGAUUUUCACUUUGCAUACCCUCUACAAUAUUGCAAACCUAUACAAUUCAGAAAACAUUGUUGUGCAAAGUUAAUUUUUGUUAUUGUUGCGCUAUAGUAUUUUAUAGAAUGUACCCGGUAACCCUGCCACAAAUGGUAUAAUCCAUUGGUGAAACUGCUAGUUUGAAUUAUACUUCAUUGCAAGAGACAUGUAAAUUAAGCUGUCUGUACAUACUUGUGAAACAUACAGACAUACUAAACACUGUUUAACAAUAUUUUUUGUGAGUGAUUCCUUCCAAAUAUUUGAACAAUAUGAGUUCAGUUUAAUUAAACUGGUAUAGAGUAUCUUUUUAAAUUCAAUACUAAUGUUAUUUUAUCUACUUAAUUUAUUCAGUACAUUAUUUGCCGGGUUGUGAGUGUUCUUGGGAGGGUGCCCGUAACACUAAUAUGAUGAAAUCUCUCUAUUCCCUCAUCAAAAUGUUAAUGUUUUGAGUACAUAUUUUGAAAUUGUUCUCAAGAAAAAAAAGAUAAAACUAUAUAACUUUGUUUGUCAUGAGGGCACCCUCUAUUAUUAAUCUGAGCAUUGACCCCCCCCCCCUCCUGUUUCAGAUUCUAGCCUUUAAGAUCCAUCCUUGUAUCAAGUAUUUUGCAUAAUACUUCCAUGCAAGUUUAUUGAGAAGACAUUACAUGGGACAACAAUUUUGGAGUCUGCACUAUGCAGAAAUUUAUGGAUUGUUCUGGUGCUAAACAUGAAAACAUUAAUCCUUGGUAUGCAAAGCACACAAAAUAUAAAUCUGUGUCCAUUUGGGUCAAAAUUAUUGAAAAAUAUAUACACAGCAGGAAAACAAUUAUGGUGUUCAAGGGAUGUUUUUAAAGCACUGGCAGAAUACCAAUUAUGUUGUCACAUGGAUACAAAUAAUGAGAAAUAUAUAUAUAUGCUAGAAUAAAUGUACAGAACAAAAGCAAGAUUGUAUGUAAUGAAGGUAAUAAAGAAUAUCAAAUAAUUAA